AUUCAUUCAUUAUACUUGGCUUUUUGGCCAGAAAAUUCUCUUUUUUGCAAUUGCAAGAACAAGAUCUCUCUAUUCCAGUAUUCCUUGAUACACUUAUAUUCAUACCAGUCAGCCAGGCAACCAUAGAAGCUUCUAGGGAGAAGAGAGAGGAAGAUAUGGGUUGCAGGAACAGGGCGGAGUCGUUCGAAGAGGAUCAUAGCGGAGCAUCGUCACUAAGCGAGGCGUUACUGUUAACGACGAUGUGCAUCAUAGGCCUCCCCGUCGAUGUCCACGUUAAGGAUGGCUCCGUCUAUUCUGGAAUCUUCCACACUGCCUCUGUCGAUUCCGAUUACGGUAUCGUUUUGAAGAAGGCAAGGAUGACCAAGAAGGGAAAGGGAAAGACCAAUGUGGGAAAGGAGGAUUUGGUAGAUACACUGGUAGUUCUAUCUCGUGAUUUGGUGCAAGUUGUUGCUAAGGAAGUAAUGCUUCCUACCAAGAGUUUUGGUGGAAAUAUAACUAGUGAUGAUGGCGAAACAGUUAUGCACGAUAUGUGUUCUCGUGAGAGUCCAACAUGUGAGGUAGAGAAUCAUAUGAAGUCUUUGACGGAUGUAAAGCAUGUUAAUCAAUCAAGGACUCCAGUCCAAAAUGAGAAUGGAUUUACCCAUUGUCUUCCACCUUCAACUGCUGCCAUUGAUUUUGAAAGAAAUAAGUUGCCUGUUAAUCAGAUGAGAACUUCCACAGAAGUUGAUUGCGGGAAAACUGAUAAAACAAAUAUUGGAGAGAUUGAAGCAUAUUCUGGUUCCUCAAUCAACUGUAGACAGGCUGGAGAUGACAAUUCAAAAAGGAAUGCUGAUGACUUCAGAGAGAAGCCUGAGUUUGUUCAAGGAAAACUUGAUGAGAAGAAUCAAGUCAUCAAAUCAACUCAUGAAACUAAUACUCAUCUUGUCCAAGUAGAAGCUGUUGAGAAUAGAAGCUAUAUGGCAUCAAAUGCUUCUGAUAAUGGGUUUUAUAGAACUAACGGUAAUGCAUCUGUUAAAGCUGAUGAUCGGUGUAGUGAAAGGUCUACUACAGCAAAUUCUGCUCCUAUGAGUUCUGCCCAAGGCAUAGAUCUCAUUUUAGAGUCACACAAUAUGCCAGAAAAAUCUGUUGAGAUGUCUGCUCCAAAGGGUACAGAUUCUACCAGAAAUACUAAGGAAUUUAAGCUCAACCCAGCGGCCAAAAUUUUCUCUCCAUCUUUUGUAAAUCCUAUUUCAACAACUGCUUCCAUGCCUAUUUCUGCAAACAUGGUUUAUGUACCAAAUAGUUCUCCUGUGGUACAUACUGCUGCUGUUCAACCUGAAACCGGUCUCAGUACUUUUGCUUCACUGCCUUCCAUGCCUGUUAAGGUUGCACAGUAUAGUAACUUGACAAUAGGAAAUGGUGGAAGUGGUUCUCAAUUUUCACCUCCUAUUGUUGGACAACUUGCUCAUAACAGAGCACAACCUCUACGCUAUGGUGCACAUUACCCUCCCGUUUUGUCUGAACAUGCUUAUUUGCAACCCAGCUCCCCUGCUGUUAUGGUUGGACGUUCCGGGCAGUUAGUCUAUGUUCAUUCAGUUUCCCAUGAUUUGGUUCAUGGUGGAACUGCUAUCUCCUCAAUCUCAGCUCGUCCUAUGUUGAAUCAUGUACAAUAUCCAAAGCAGCAAGGAGCCUCAGUUGGUCAGCCAAUACCAAUUUGUGUACCCCCGCCAAUCCUAACGAAUGCGCCGCAACCCUUUGCUCUUCAAAGCCACAUUCCGCUUCUGCAACCUGGGUUUCCUGUAACUCGACCUGUUUCAGUACCCGGGCCAAAUGGUUACUAUGGAGCUAAAUUUUCAUGAGAGCAUGCUCUUUCAUCCAGGUUUAUCUACUCGUGAGCAUGUCAAUUUCUGAGUUGAAUCUAAUUCUCAAUUUUUUUUUUAUUGAUAGAAAUUACAAAGUUUUGUCUCUUCUCUCAGUAUGAGAACUGUACAGUUGUUUUUGUUAUGAAAACAUUAUUAGAUCCUUUUAAGGGGGAUAUUAAUAUACAAUGCUUGUGGAUGAAGUUCAAUUCAAGUAUUAUUAUUGGACGUGAGGAAAUUUUAUUACUUUCGGGGUUU